GGAACGUUUCCCGCCAUUUAUUCUCUCAGCCUCCAUCUAAACCCCACACUUUCCCUCUCUGCAAAACCUUAGCUAAGCCCCUGUCUCCACCGGCCCUGCCCACAAUGGUGGAUACUCCGAGGAGAAACCUCCGAUCCCCUUCAAAGAAACCCAAGCAAACUUCUCCUUCCUCAAUCUCUCUCACCCCUCAAACCCCACAAGCUGUUGACCUUCCUCGCCGAUCGUCUCGUCGAUUAUCUCUUAAGCUUGAUCAGAUUUCCACCCCUCAAAAUAUCAUUUCACGACUUGAAAAUCCCAACAACGAUUCAUUGGUGGAAGAAUUUGAAAAACCUCAAAAAUUAGUUAAGGAUUCUUCAAGAGCCCGAAGAAAUUCAAGGAAAAAUGAAUCUUCAAAGACCCCAGAAAUCAAGAGAGAUUAUGAAUCCGCAAAAACGCCAAAAUCGAGUACUAAAGUGGUUGAGGUUUCAUUCUCUCCUGUUUCACCAGAUUACCAGGAGACAAAGAAGAGGAAACGGCGUGAAGAGAAGGUGAUAACAAGAGCAUUGGCAUCAAAGAAUACAAAAAGUGAGCAAAAGAGCAAUAUGAAGAGGGUUUAUUAUAAGAAAGUGCUGUACGAUGGUGGGGAAUUUGGAAUAGGGGAUGAUGUGUAUGUGAAAAGAAGAGAGGAUGCCAGCUCUGAUGAUGAGGUCCCGGAAGUGGAGGAGUGUAGAAUGUGCUUCAAAGCAGGGAAAGCGGUAAUGAUUGAGUGUGAUGGCUGUUUAGGUGGUUUUCAUUUGAAAUGCUUGAAGCCUCCUCUAAAGGACGUCCCAGAAGGGGAUUGGACUUGCGGGUUCUGCGAGGCCAGGAAAUUGGGUAUGAAGGUUGAGUUGCCAGCGCCGCCUAAGGGGAAAAGACCUGCUCGAACUUUGAGGGAGAAGCUUCUCUCUAGUGACUUAUGGGCUGCUCAUAUUGAGAGCAUAUGGAAGGAGGUGGAUGGCAGCUAUUGGUUUAAGGGGCGAUGGUAUAUGAUUCCAGAAGAAACUAAUGCUGGAAGACAGCCUCAUAAUUUGAGGAGGGAGCUUUAUAGAACAAAUGAUUUUGCUGACAUUGAGAUGGAAUCUAUUAUUCGGCAUUGCUUUGUUAUGAAUCCUAAGGAAUAUGCAAAGGCAAGUAAUGCAGGAGAUGAUAUUUUCUUGUGUGAGUAUGAAUAUGACAUUCAUUGGCACACUUUCAAGCGAAUGGCUGAGAUUGAUAAUGAUGAAGAGGAUGGUGAAGAUGCUGAUAGUGAUGAAGACUGGGGUACUUCCAAGGAUGAGGAAUCUUGUUCAGAUGAAGACAUCGAGUAUGAAAAGGAAAGUGUGAAGAACUUACAAGCUAGAACAUCCUCAGCUCAUGGGUUGGCUGCUAACUCUCGCAAAGGCCAGUUCUUUGGACUUCAGAAGAUAGGGACAAAGAGAAUCCCACAACAUGUGCGAUGCCAUAAGAAGACUGAACUGGAGAAAGCAAAAGAAACACUUCUGUUGGCCAUGUUGCCAAAGUCUCUACCUUGUAGGAAUAAAGAAAUGGAAGAGAUGACUGCAUUUAUAAAAGGUGCCAUCUGCGAUGAUCAAUGUCUAGGGCGCUGCCUUUAUGUUCAUGGUGUUCCUGGAACUGGCAAGACAAUGAGUGUACUUGCGGUGAUGAGGAACCUAAGGUCUGAAGUUGAUGCAGGAAGUAUAAAACCAUAUUGUUUUGUCGAGGUUAAUGGUCUAAAGUUAGCAUCACCAGAGAAUAUUUACAGGGUUAUAUACGAAGCAUUAAGUGGACACAGAGUCAGCUGGAAAAAGGCUCUCCAUUUGCUGAAUGAACGAUUCUCGGGUGGAAAGAAAGUGGCAAAAGGAGAUGACCGACCUUGUAUUCUGCUUAUUGAUGAACUUGAUCUGCUUGUAACCCGAAAUCAGUCGGUUCUGUACAAUAUUCUUGACUGGCCUACUAAGCCACAUUCGAAAUUGAUUGUCAUAGGAAUUGCAAAUACUAUGGAUCUUCCUGAAAAGUUGCUUCCUCGUAUUUCAAGCCGUAUGGGUAUGCAAAGGCUUUGUUUUGGACCCUAUAAUUAUCAGCAGCUUCAGGAAAUCAUUUCAAGUCGGCUUAAAGGAAUUGAUGCAUUUGAAAAGCAAGCUAUAGAAUUUGCUUCAAGGAAGGUAGCAGCUAUUUCAGGAGAUGCACGUCGUGCUCUGGAGAUAUGCAGGCGUGCAGCAGAAAUUGCUGACUAUCAUCUUAAGAAAUUAAAUUCAUAUUCCGACUCAACUCCUGCAGGAAAAGGCCUUGUUGGUAUGUCAGAGGUUGAGGCAGCUAUCCAGGAAAUGUUCCAGGCACCACACAUUCAAGUGAUGAAGAAUUGUUCUAAACACAGCAAAAUUUUCUUGACAUCUAUGGUGUAUGAGCUCUAUAAAACAGGGAUGAGUGAAACAACCUUUGAAAAGUUGGCAAUUACUGUUUCAUGUAUGUGUACUAGCAACGGAGAAGCAUUUCCUGGUUGGGACACUCUCUUAAAAGUUGGAUGCAUGCUAGGUGAAAGCAGAAUAAUUCUGUGUGAAAAUGGAGCUAGGCACAGGUUGCAGAAGUUGCAGCUCAAUUUUCCAAGCGAUGAUGUGGCCUUUGCAUUGAAAGGCAGCAAGGAGCUACCUUGGUUGGCUAAGUAUUUAUGAUCUGAGAACAAAGAGAACUCCAUUCCCUUCAUUAAAAUGAGCAAUUUAAAUUUUUUAUUUCUCGUAUUCUCAAAUUUUAAUUGCUACAAUACAUGUUUACUUCAAUUCCGGCAACGUAGAACUGUAUUUUCUUGAGAACUGUAGUUCCUUUUGGUUUUCAAUUGACUGUUUUAUUUUUGAAUGUUUAAAUACUUGUCCGUGUCUUCGAAUUUUUCCA